GGCGGCCUCUGCGCUGGCUGGGGUCAUGGCGCGGGUGGUCGUGGCGCUCCCGCGUCUCCCCCUCCCCCUCCUGCUGCUGGUGCCCGGGGCCCUGGGGCUACGGCUGCUUCUCAGCGCCCCGCCGCCCUUCGACUGCUCGCAGCCGGAUCUAAACUGCCUGGUAAGAAAUAGUACCUGCAUGGACCAAAGCUGGUUACAUGUUUCCACAUGGACUCCCUCUGCUCCAAGCGUUCUUGAUGUCCACCCUGAUGUUUUCCAUGAUGAAGGAAAACUGCUCCCUGUGCUGCGGAUAGAGUGGAAGGUGGCUACUGAUGCAAGCAUUCAGUAUCUCCGGGGAGUGGAACUGGCUGUGCUACAAGUGAACAAUAAUCAACAAAUCUGUGCCCAGUUUGACUUUCAGAACAAUCUGCCACUUCAGGUCCGUCCGGAUGGAGGCCGGUGGAACUUCACCUUCAACCGCUUUGAGGUAGAGCCUGGCCAGAUGUACCAAGUGACUGUCCAUCAUCUGCCCAAACUGGGCACCAGUGGAGACCACAACUGCAAAUCCACAUCUUACACAGUGCCUGAUUGCAGGAACCCUGUGAUGAGAACAACCAUGCCAUGUAUGCAGACAGGCAGCCUGUGGGAGCCCAGUAUUGAUGGCAAAAGUCUAGAUGACAGUUCUCUGUUGGUGAGUUUUAAUCCAGGGAUGGAGUCAGCCCGAUACCGGAUCCAUGUGACCAGUUUCCCAGAUGAGGAAAAGCAAUGUAUAGAGACCACACAUGAUAUUUAUGAGCCUCUGCAGAGUGGACAGCAGCACCGUGUGAAUGUCACUGUCAAAAUCGAGAAAAACUUAAAAGCCUGUUGCAGAUACAAAGUACAGAUUCAACCAUUCUUUACCAUUUGUGGCACCGACUGUCUGAGACAUUCUGCUGUCAUCCCAUGUCCCUCAGUUGCUCCAACUACACAACCUUCAGAUGAUCCGAUUAUGUGGCUAUACUGGUGUAUCACUGGCAUCUGUGUUUUACUGGUGGGCUCAGUCAUAGCUGGUGCUAUUUACAUGACCCGAAGACAAGUAGGCCGCCAGCACAGGAAAUACAGCAGCCAUGAGCUGUUACCUCCACAGCUGACUCCACCAUCCCUGAGGCCCCGGAAGGUUUGGAUUGUGUACUCUGCUGACCACCCACUCUAUGUGGAUGUGGUACUGAAGUUUGCCCAGUUCUUGAUCACAGUCUGUGGUACUGAGGUAGUCCUGGAUCUGCUGGAAAAGCGUCCGAUUUCAGAGAUCGGUGUCUUACCCUGGCUUACUCGACAGAAAAAGGAAAUGGAGGAGCUAUCUUCAAAGAUUAUCAUUUUGUGUUCUCGGGGCACCCGGGCCAAAUGGCAGGCUAUGCUUGGGAAGGAGGGAACAGCUGUCUCUCUCAAGCAAGAUCAGUGGCAGCCUACUGGAGACAUGUUCACUCCGGCCUUGAAUUUGAUCCUGCCAGACUUCAAGAAGCCAGCUUGUUUUGGCAUGUAUAUAGUCUGCUAUUUUGAGGGCAUAAGUGAGGAUAAGGAUAUUCCUGACCCAUUCAAUGUCACAUCCAAGUACCAGCUGAUGGACAGAUUUGAGGACAUUUACUUUCUGAUCCAGGAUAUGGAGAAGUUUGAACCAGGGCGGAUCCAUCGAAUCCAGGAGAUCACUGCUGAAAACUACGCUGAAAACUCCAAUGGCUGGAAGUUGAAGGAGGCAGUACAGACAUUCCAGGAAUGGCAGGCAAUGCACCCUGAUUGGUUUGAGAGAGAGAACACGUGCUCAGAAGAUGAGUCGUCUCUGGACAAGGAAAUACUAGAAGAAUUCAUGCCAGGUAAUGAACAGGUAAUUAAAAAACAGCAGCUGCAUUUUCAAGAGCCUGAUCCCAAUGGUGGUUGUGCAGUUAGCCUCCAUGUGAAUGAAGAGGAGGGUAGAAAUUUUAAACUGCAGCUUCAGCUUAAUCCACAGUGGAAUCCAACUUUCCAGACCCUGAUGAUUCCCGUGGAUGAGGCACCUCCAGUUCAGAUGGUGGAGCCAAUUUCUAUUACAGGAGGUAAAAAUGCAGCUAGUCAUCAGGUGCUGACCAACACAGACUGGAUGGAAGGAAUCCCUCUGCUGGAGACUAGUGUCCCAAUGAGGAACAGCAUCAUCCCUCAUGAUGAUUUUGAUGUCCCAUCAUCAGACAACCAGAGAUCUGCAGAGCACCUCCCAAAUGAAAUGAGGCAGGAGCUGGAGGGGUUAAUGUACUCUCUUUACCAGCAAAGUGUCAUUCCUUCUGAGUCAUCUCUCCAUCAAGAAGAUGCUGAAGAGCAGCAGCAACAGGUGGCUUUCAAUAACCCAUGCAAAGAUCAGAGACAGUCAGUGCAAUCAGACCAGGGCUACAUCUCCAGAUGUUCCCCUUUGCCUCCUGAUGAUCUGGUGGAGGAAGAGGAAGAGGAAGACCAAGAACAGGAAAACAAGAUGCCUUCUCAGUAUCUCCCUCCAGAGGUCUUGGACAGUCUAAAGAGCCUCCAACAGAAGCUGCUUUUCCAGGAAAUUCAGCAGAAAUCUGUCUGGGAGCACAUGGGUGGGAUGAUGGACACAGGUCAUUGUGCAGCGGACUCAUAGACUCUCUGUCCAGGACCAUCCCAUUUCAGAAAUAGGGCUGGAGGAUGGUAGUGUAUAAUUUCAGCACUCUUCUUCAAGCAGUCUCCUCAUCCUUGUGAAACAAGGGUCCUAUGUUCUAAUCAGUAGGAAAUCUCUAACUGAUGCAUAUCACCCGAAGGCAGACUUGCCGAGUGAAUACAGUAUGGUCCACCUACCUAUACCUCUUAGAGCACAACUGUUACCUCCCAAUCUAUCUCUGAGUGGAGGAAAAUGACAGCAGUGUUAGUCCCCUGCAUGUGCUGUGGAGGAAUUGGUACUAAAUAUGUUACUCCACAAGAAAUCUGUGUGUGGAAUCUGCUGUGAACUAAUUACAGCCAAAUUAUUGUGGUCCAUCAGGUUGCAUCUCUCAGGAUGCCUGUCACGCCAUCAUUCCACCUUACUGUAGAGGACUAAAGUCAUGAUUAUGGAGGAGAGGAUAAAGACACUGAUUCUGAUGUCAGAGUUUAUUAGCUAAGCUUUAUUGUAAAUGCUCUAGUAAGUAAUUUAUACCUCAGAUCCCAACCAGUGAUGACUACGGCCCUACCAAAUUCACUGUCCAUUAUGGUGAAUUUCAUGGCCACAGGAUUUGAAGACUGGUAAAUUAUACAUUUUCAGAUGUUUAAACCUGAAAUUUCACAGUGUUGUAACCGUGGGGGUCCCAACCCAAAGCGAUUUGUGUGCGUUGGUGGGGAGGGAUGUGCAAACCUGUUGUAGGGGAGGUCUUGGGAUUGUCACCCUCACUUCUGUGCUGCCUUCAGAGCUGGACUGUCCCUCCCCUACCCACCAGAGCUAGGAGCCCCCUUUGCUGGCGUGCUCCUAGAAACAAGGGGACAUCAGAUUUCACGGGGAAGGGCUUAUUUCACAGUCCAUGUGGUGGUUUUCAUGGCCAUUAAAUUGAUAGGCCCAGUGAUGACAGAUCCCAGUAGACCCACUUGUGAUAGUAACUGGGUGUUGGGAUUUUCUAAUGCAUUGCACAUGUUGGCAUUGCUAUACUUGCCUGGCCGUUAAGCAGCGUAGCAGGAUGCUGAGCAAUAAUUGGGAUGAACAUUAAGUGGGUAGUUUUGUCUCGUUGGUACUUUCCCCUCAACCCUUGAUGAGUGGAAGACACUUGAAAAGCAGCAAUACCAAAGAUGUAAGCUUGGUGGUCAGAAAAUGGGAUAAGAGCUUGCAGUGUAAUUACAGCAGGAAAAAGAAUGUGCUUUGGGGCUGCAUAUGGUCUUCACAUAAUAGAUCAGGGAGGAAAUGUGUGUUUUCUGUUCCACUGAUAGUUCUAACCACAAUAUAGUAUUCAUUUCUGGGCAUCUCAAUAUCAGGAAGAUUUCAAAUUGGAAAUAUGGUGAGAAAAGCAGUAAACACAAUUAAGGGUCUGAAAGACUAGAAGACAAAAAUAGUAGUAAACAGGGCUGUCAAUCACAUUUAAUGGCUGUGAUUAACUGAAAACAAAAUGAACAUGUUAAGCCUGUAGCAGGGGAGCUGACAAACUCUCAGCCUGCAGCUCCAUGGGCAGCAGGGGAGGGAUUAAAGGAACCCCAGAGUGCAGCUCCCCAGGCAUUGGGGGAGGGGUUGAAAAAGGCCCAGCCCACAGUUUCCCAGGUAGCAGGAGGGCUGGAGCCCUGUGCCCUGAGGGAGCAUGGGCAGCAGGUUGCAUAGGCUGGGGGAGGCUCUGCCUCCCCAAACAGCCAGGUGUGGCCCCACCCCCUGCUUACCACCACUCCCCGCGUGCUGCUUCAGUCCUCCAGCCC